CGCGCGGUCCUUGCAGCCGGAAGGUUACAGCUAAGGGAGCCUUGGUGUCGGCGGCCCAGGCCGGAGCAGCAGCGCCCGGGUUCUCCCAAGGAUGGUGUCCCACUCUGAACUGAGGAGCCUUUUCUGCUCGGCCGACGCCGUCUGCUUUGACGUGGACAGCACGGUCAUCAGAGAGGAGGGCAUCGACGAGCUGGCCAGGUUCUGUGGCGUGGAGGACGCAGUGUCAGAAAUGACGAGGCGGGCCAUGGGCGGGGCGGUGCCUUUCAAGGCUGCGCUCACUGAGCGCUUAGAGCUGAUCCGGCCCUCCCGGGAACAGGUGCAGAGGCUGUUAGCAGAGCACCCUCCACACCUGACCCCCGGGAUAAGGGAGCUGAUCAGCCGCCUCCAUGAGCACAAUGUCCAGGUGUUCUUAAUAUCGGGGGGCUUUCGGAGCAUCGUCGAGCACGUGGCUUCGAAGCUCAGUAUCCCGGCCGCCAACGUGUUCGCCAACAGGCUGAAAUUCUAUUUUAAUGGUGAAUACGCCGGCUUUGACGAGACGCAGCCAACGGCGGAAUCCGGCGGGAAAGGAAAAGUCAUCAAAUUCUUAAAGGAAAAAUUUCACUUUAAGAAGAUAGUCAUGAUAGGCGAUGGGGCCACCGACUUGGAAGCCUGCCCCCCUGCUGACGCUUUCAUUGGGUUCGGAGGAAAUGUGAUCAGACAACAAGUCAAGGAUAACGCCAAAUGGUACAUCACCGACUUCGUGGAGCUGCUGAGAGAGCUGGAAGACUAGUCCGUCCCUACACGGCGGAGUACCGGCUUCAGAUGGAGGUUUACCAGGGAGACGGUUGAUGCCGUGCCUGUUAUCGAAUUGCCCAUGACGACGCCUGGUGCUGAAUUUCUGCUUACACUGCAGGAGGUGCUCCAAGGAAAUUCUCUCCCUUAAAAAGAUGAUGACUGUCUUCCAGUGUUGUUAGCAGCAUUAAUUCAUUAAUAACCUGCAGGGUUUUGUAAUCUGGGUUCUUGAUCUGUGUUCCUGGGUGUAUUUUAUCUGGAACCUUUUAAAGCUGGAUGAUCAAUAGGACUUCCAUCUCCUGGAAAUACGGAUCAGGCAACCUUCCGUGAAUGUCCGUGUACCUUUGGGCGCACACAUCAAAAAUGUCGCCCGUGUCUCAGAACAGAUGCGUGGCAUUUUAAUUUGGGCCUUUCCUGGACCUCGAGUCAGUAUUUCAAGUAGUUUAGAUAAUGAAAUCGAUAUAACCUCUAAACCAGCGGUUCUCAACCUGUGGGUCAUGACUCUUUUGGGGGUUAAAUUACCCUUUCACAGGAUCGCCUAAGA